AUGCUGAUAAACAUGUACUCGAAAUGUGGAUCAGUGGUCUCCGCUCGCAAGGUGUUCGACAGAAUGACUGAGAGAACCCUGGUCUCGUAUAACACCAUCAUUAGCGCUUAUGCCCAGAAGGGGGACGAGGAGAGUGCUCUGUUCCUCUUCGUACAAAUGCGGAGAGAAGGGAACAACCCUUUAACUGAAUUCACGGUCUCCAGCGUCCUUUGUGCCUGUGCAUCCAAAUGCGACGUCCUCACAUCGAAACAGCUGCAUUGUUUCUCUAUCAAGAACUCCAUGGAUGAAAACGUCUUUGUUGGCACCGCAUUGCUUGACGUUUACUCCAAAAGUGGCUUCGUUCAUGACGCGAGUCGUGUUUUCGAGGGGAUGCCCGAGAAAAGUGACGUCACGUGGAGUUCAAUGGCAGCAGGGUUGGUCCAAAACAAGCUCUACGAGGAGGCUUUAGUGCUAUACACCAGAGCCAGAGCGACAACAGGACUGGAAACUGAUAACAAGUUCACGAUAUCUUCCAUUAUCAGCGCCUGUGCAGGCUUGGCAGUAGACAUGUACGCGAAAUGUGGGACGAUUAAGGAAGCCUUCAGAUUGUUUCAGAACAAUCAAGACAAGAACUUGGUUCUCUGGAACGUGAUGUUCUCCGCAUUUGCCAAACACUCUCGGUCCCUGGAAGUGAUGGUUCUGUUCGAGAAGAUGCAGCAGACCGGUCUCGAACCGGAUGAAGUCACGUACAUUUCGGUCUUGUCAGCGUGUGGUCAUAUGGGUUUAGUUAAAGAGGGUAGAACGUAUUUUCACCUUAUGACAGAACUCCACCAUCUGUCUCCCAAUGUGCUCCACUAUUCCUGCAUGGUGGAUGUGCUGAGCAGGUCAGGUUUAGUCCGCGAAGCAUACGAGCUGAUGAAGGACAUGCCAUUCGACCCCACUGCUCCGAUGUGGGGAUCGCUUCUGGGAUCUUGCAGGGUCCACGGUAACGUGGAAUUGGCAGAGGUUGCAGCAGGAAACUUGUUCGAGAUAGAACCUGGGAAUGCAGCAACCUACGUGAUGCUGUCAAACACAUAUGCUGCAGGGAGACAGUGGGAAGGUGUUGCGAGCACGAGGAAACUUCUGAAAGAGAAUGAUGGGGUGAUGAAGAAGGAGAGAGGUAAGAGUUGGGUUGAGAUCAAGGACAAGGUGCAUACUUUUAUGGCAGGAGAGAGAAAGCAUCCUCGAAUCAUGGAGAUUUUGCUGGAACUGGAUAGGUUGAUGGAAGAGACGAAGAAGCGAGGUGUUUAUAAACCUGAUGCUGGGUAUGAACUCCAUGAUGUGGAGCAGGGGAAGAAGCUGGAAUUGUUGAAACACCACAGCGAGAAGCUCGCUGUUUGUUUCGGGCUCAUGAGCUUGCCUGAGGGAAUACCUAUCAGGAUCAUGAAGAAUCUCAGGAUUUGUGGAGAUUGUCAUUCAUUUAUGAAGUCUGUGUCUAGUGUUGAGAGUAGGGAAAUUAUUGUUAGGGAUACUAACAGGUUCCAUCAUUUCUGGAAUGGACAUUGUUCUUGCAAUGACUUUUGGUAA